GUGUUUCCGGGUUCGGGCCGUGACAAGAUGGCGGAUCGGAAGCGGCGCGCGGCGGCCGAGGCCGAGGCCGAGGAGAUGGAGCGAGACUCGGGGGACGAGUCGGGGUCCGUGAGCAGCGAGGAGUCAGAGGAGGAGAUAGACGAGGUGGUGAAAGUAGACUUUGAAGCCCAUAUCAUAUCUGAUGAUGAUUAUAGUGGAAUCAAGAAAUUGUUAAAACAGCUUUUUCUGAAGGCCAGUGUAAACACUGCUGAACUAACUGGUAUAAUUAUACAGCAAAAUCAUAUCGGAAGCGUUAUCAGGCAAGCGGAGAUAUUGGAUGAAAAUAGUGAUGAUGAUGAAGAUGAUAUCGAAGUUUUUGGGUUCAUUACUCUUUUACAUCUGACUGAAAGACAAGGAACUGAUACUGUUGAACAGAUUAAGGAGUUGAUCCUGAGCCAAUGCGAGAAGCAGCCCAAGGGCACAUUUGAGCAGCUGAAGGAAAUAUUGAAUGACGACAAGAAGCCCGUGGGCUUUCUCAUCAGUGAACGCUUCAUUAACGUACCACCUCAGAUCGCUCUGCCCUUACACAAGCAACUCCAGAUUGAGUUGGCUGCUGCCCAGAGAACCAAUAAGCCUUGUGGGAAGUGUCACUAUUACCUCAUGAUCAGCAAGACCUGUGUUGAGGUGGUAAAUGAUCCACGGCAAAGGGGCAACCAACAGAAGAAAUUAAUGUUUGCAAAUGCAGAAGAUGAAUUCUUUUACGAGCAAGCCACUUUGAAGUUUGACUAUUCUGUGGAAGAGGAAAGUGACAGCUGUCUCUCUGGGCGCUGGUCUUUUGAUGACAUUCCUAUGAAACCUCUUCGCACAGUUAUGUUAAUCCCAGCUGACCGCAUGAAUAUAAUUAUGGACAAACUCAAAGAAUAUCUGUCUGUCUGACCAAAACCCUGAGGUGAAAUAAUUAUUUGAAUCGGCUAAAUUUCAAAGUGUAAAUAUUUCAAAUGGCUCUAUUUUAUCUUAUUCUUUAUUGCUAACAUAUUGUAAAAUUACCAUUUUAAUAAAAACGGUAACCAUCUCUUUUGGGAUAAAAAAUAAAAAUUCUUUCCAAUG